AUGGACACAAUCCAUGAAGAAGAACAACCGCACAACGCUGUGUCUCCCAUCGAUGCUCGCCGCCCGUGGAACUCACUUGUUGAGAAGGUCGCUGAGUCUAUCCUCAACGAAGUGGAAUUCACUGGUGGAACCACGGUCGACUCGCGCCGCAUCGGCGCGACACAAUCCCACAAGAACAAGAAGCAUUUAUUGCAGAUUUUGAUAUGCCGAAAUGAGGCAGAAAAAUGCUUGAUAGAGACAUCUAUCAAUUCAGUGCGCGUUAGCAUCAAGGUUAAGCAGGCAGAUGAACUUGAAAACAUACUGGCAAAAAAGUUUCUCAGGUUUUUGUCAAUGAGGGCAGAGGCAUUCCAAGUUCUCAGGAGAAAGCCAGUGCAGGGUUAUGAUCUUAGUUUUCUCAUCACAAACUACCACUGUGAAGAUAUGCAAAAGCACAAGCUUAUAGAUUUCAUUGUGCAAUUUAUGGAGGACAUUGACAAAGAGAUAAGUGAGUUAAAGCUAUCAGUAAACACAAGAGGCCGGCUUGUGGCGACUGAGUUUUUGAAGCAGUUCAUCUGAAAUUAUCAUGAGGCAUUAUGUGAAAUUUGUGAGUUACAGGUACCUAUUAUAAGAGACGAAAUGUAAAUUUGAAAGCUUUCGAUGUAUUGCAUGCUUAAAAAUAUAUUAUGUUCUCAGCAGUUUUUCUUUUA